AUGUUAACCGCUAUGGACUUUGCUAUUGGACGUGUUGUUGAUUUUCUGAAAUUUACUGGAAAAUAUGAGGAUACGGUAAUCAUCUUCACUAGCGAUAAUGGAGGAACCGCUCAGUUUGGAGCAUCGAAUCGUCCUUUGCGUGGUGAGAAGGACACCCUAUGGGAAGGCGGUACAAAAACAACUACUAUUAUUCAUGCACCUCAGUUUAUUAAGACCAAUGGAGUCAGGCCAUUAUUAUUUCAUGUGGUUGAUUGGCAUGCAACAUUGUUAGGCAUUGGUGGAAUGCAAAUACAAGCUUAUGGAGAUGGGAUCAACCAAUGGGAUUAUAUUGUCAGUGGAACACCACGUGUAAAACGGUUUCAAUUCAUCUACAACAUUGAUGAUCAUGGAUCAGCAAUAAGAGAUGGUGAUUUCAAACUAAUUUAUGGAAAUACUGAUCGUCGGAUAAGAGGUCAGGAGCGAAAAGUACGACUGUAUCGAGUUUCAGGUAUUUGA